UUCCUUCCUCACCAGUCGAAAUCCCUCUCCGGCAUAGCUCUGCGCUCCUGCCUCCUCGGCAUAGUCUUCGCCCUCUCCCUCUCCCUCUCCCUCGUCCUCCUCUGGACAGGGCAUCCCCUCUGGCGCCCCCCCUUCUUCCUCGCGACUCUGUCAACCUUCCACUUCCUCGAGUUCUACACCACAGCCUACGCAAACAGUAACGCAGCAACAACGGGCUCCUUCCUACUCUCCUCCAAUGGCUCCGCAUACUCAAUGGCACACUCUGCCUUCUUCUUCGAACCCCUCAUCUCGUACUUCCUCGCGCCCUCCCUCCUCCCACCACCCAUCCAGACCAUCCUCCUCGUCCUCGGCCUCUCUCUCAUAGUAAUCGGGCAGUCGACCCGCGCACUAGCAAUGCUAACAGCCGGCUCCAACUUCUCGCACAUAGUGCGGCAUACAAAAGCAAGAUCCCACCGGCUCGUCACAUCCGGGAUCUACUCUAUCCUGCGGCAUCCGAGCUAUUUCGGGUAUUUCUGGUGGGCGGUAGGCACGCAGCUUAUGUGUGGGAACAGGGUGUUCCUUGUGGCGUACCCGUUGGCGCUGUUCCGGUUCUUUGAUCGCAGGAUUAGGGGGGAGGAGGAGUUGCUGGUGAAGUUUUUUGGGGAGGAGUAUGUGGAGUAUAGGGCGAGGACGUGGGUUGGGAUCCCGGGGAUU